AUGGCGUCACCCCCAAUCCUGCUUAUGCAGACUGGCAUAAACUUGAUCAACAACUGCUCAGUUGGAUUAAUUUCUACCCUCACUCCUGGCGUGCUCUCUCAAGUUUCUCGUUGUCUUACAGCUCGUGAUGCCUGGAUCUCUUUGGAGAAACGUUUCAAUUCUCAGUCCCGUUCUCGUAUUCUUCAGUUGAAGCACCAGCUGCAAACCACCAAACGCGGUACCUCCUCCAUCACUGAUUUUGUCGAUCAAAUGACUGCUGUUGCUGAUAGUUUGGCUCUUGCUGGCAAACCCGUGGAUGAUGAUGAUCUUAUUGACCUUAUUCUCAAUAGUCUCGGACCGGCGUAUGAGAGCGUCGUCAACUCUAUUCAGUCUCGUGACCCUCUUAUGGCUGUUGAUGAUGUUAUUACCUUUUUAUUAACUGCUGAGACUCGUAUGGCUGAAUACAUCCCUUCCAUGAUGUCUGAUUCUACCACUCAAGUGUUUUAUGCUAAUCGUGGCCAUGACUUUUCAAAUCGUGGGUCCUCCUUUUCCCGUGGUGGUCGUCGUGGCGGCUUCUCUGGCUUCCGUGGUGAUUUUUCUGGCCCCGGUUCUUCUCCUGGUUGA